AUCUUCGUCUCACUCUCAUUCAUUCAUUCAUUCCUGAUUCUCCUUUUACAGUCUCUCUCUCUCUCUUUCUCGAGCUUUAAAGCGGUGAUGUUCGUAUCCUAUGUUUACAUCAUAAACCAUCGAUUGGGUAUUGCCAUAACUUAGGCUAAAGUGAACAACUUUGGUCUGCUGCUAUUACUGUUUUUUUUUUUUCUCUCUCGCGGAAUGAGAGGAACCUUUCUGAUUAGAUCAAGGCUAUUGAUUUUUAGGGCUCCUGCUGUUAAUUGUUUAAGAUCUAGUCAUGUUUUGCUUAAUCCGAGCGAUAUAGCUUUUGUUCGACCGCAUUUGGAUCCUCCACCCAUAGCUUGUGUGCUUCCUUUGGGUCUCUGUUCUAUGUUCUCUACUUCCAAAGUUGAUUCGAAGCAAUUAGGAUUCAAUCAGAGUCAUAAUGACGAAAGUGAAGAAGAGAUUGACCUCGAUCUUGGUUGUAUCAUAAGUGAUGAUGUUAAAGUGAUUGUGAAGCUCUUGAAAGAUUGUGGGAGUGACCGGAAGGAACUGAGGAAGAAGCUUGAGGAAUGUGAUGUGAAGCCGUCGAAUGAAUCAGUGGUGGAGGUUCUUUCUCAAGUUCGUUAUGAUUGGGAAACUGCUUUCACUUUCUUUGUUUGGGCAGGGAAGCAGCAAGGUUAUGUUCGUUCUGUUCGUGAGUAUCACUCUAUGAUCUCUAUUCUUGGUAAAAUGAGGAAGUUUGAUACAGCUUGGACAUUGGUUGAUGAGAUGAGAAAGUUUAGUCCUUCUCUUGUUAACUCACAGACGCUUUUGAUCAUGAUUAGGAAGUAUUGUGCUGUACAUGAUGUUGGCAAAGCCAUUAACACUUUCCACGCCUACAAAAGGUUCAAACUUGAUAUGAGGAUUGAUGAUUUUCAGAGUUUGCUUUCUGCUCUUUGUAGAUACAAGAACGUUUCAGAUGCUGAGCAUUUGAUCUUCUGUAAUAAGAAUACGUAUCCGUUUGACGCCAAAAGCUUCAACAUUGUUCUUAAUGGAUGGUGUAACGUGAUUGGUAGCCCACGGGAAUCUGAACGAGUCUGGUUGGAGAUGGCAAAUGUUGGAGUCAAACACGAUGUCGUGUCUUAUUCGUGCAUGAUAUCAUGCUACUCGAAAGGUGGAAGCUUGAAUAAGGUUCUCAGACUUUUCGAUCGGAUGAAGAAAGAGGGUAUAGAGCCAGACAGAAAAGUUUACAACGCUGUUGUGCACUCUCUUGCCAAAGCUAGGUUUGUCUCCGAGGCUAGGAGUUUGAUGAAGAAAAUGGAGGAGGAGAAAGGGAUGGAGCCAAAUGUUGUUACUUACAACUCUCUCAUUAAACCUCUAUGCAAGGCUAGAAAAACCGAAGAGGCUAAACAGGUUUUUGAUGAGAUGCUGGAGAAAGGACUCUUGCCAACAAUCCGCACGUACCAUGCUUUUAUGCGGAUACUAAGAACAGGAGAAGAGGUUUUUGAGCUGUUAGGUAAGAUGAGAAAGAUGGGUUGUGAACCAACUGUGGAUACGUACAUAAUGUUGAUCCGUAAGUUAUGUAGGUGGCGCGAUUUCGAUAAUGUGUUAUUGUUGUGGGAUGAGAUGAAGGAGAAGGGGGUUGGUCCGGACCUUAGCUCAUACAUUGUGAUGAUACAUGGGCUGUUCUUGAAUGGUAAAAUAGAAGAAGCGUAUGGGUUCUAUAAAGAGAUGAAGGAAAAGGCUAUGAGACCAAAUGAACAUGUUGAAGAUAUGAUCCAAAGCUGGUUUUCAGGAAAACAGUAUGCAGAGCAGCGGGUAACAGAUUCUAAAGGGAAUGUUUCGGUUCUUGAUAAAGGAGAUAUUGUGAAGAAAUCUGAAAGAGCAGAGAAAUUUUUAAAGCAGCCUGAGAUGAGGAGGGUUGUGAGAGGACAUGGAUAUUCGUAUUGGGAUGAAUAGAAAGCUACAGAGAGAGAAAUCUUGAAGCGACGUUAAGAUUCAAGAAGAAUAUCUUGAAGAGCUUUGACCAGAUUAGCUAGUUCUGGUAUGUUUUAUCAUAACAGGUUGACUUUGCUUUAAGGAGAACCAUCUUGCUUUUGACAAAGUAAGAUAGUUCUGGUUAGGUUGAUUCAUUAGAGGUUAAUUUUGCUUUGCGAAGAGAUAGUUAGUGUUCCUGAGGAAUUAAUUCUGAAGAGAGAAGAUUAAAGUGUUUAAAAUUGUAUUUAUAUUUUUGAUGAAGAAGAAUAUCUCCUUUGAAUCUGUUUAUGUAGAUACAAAAAAAGACCAAAACCAUGAAAGACUUGGAUUUAUAUGUGACUAGAGAAAGGUGUGAAAGCUACUGAAACUCAAUAUAUUUUUGUAAUACAAUGUCUUGUAGCUCUUUCUUCCCUGAUGAGUUGGAGAGAAACUCAUUUUUCAAAUAGCUUGCAAAAGUGAGAUCCAUGGUAACUGCAGAAGCCUCGGGCUUUUCGGUUAUGCUAUCCAUAAGCUGGAUUGACAAACAAGGUGGAGAGGAAGACUGCGAAUAUGCAUCACACAGGCUCAAUGAAUCAGCAUUCUUCCUCAAUAAUGAAGAGAAUUGGUUUAUGGUUCUUACACAUUCCAACCAAUAUAUAUUUCCCUCAUGAAGGAGGAUUCUAGCAUUUUCAAAAUAAUAAGCACUUAGGUUUUUUAGCAAGGUAUAAUGUGUUUUAGCAAGGGGUGGAAAAUACCCAGAGGAAGACGCAAAGGCUAUUAUCGUGCAAAUUCUUACUGUUGUUUCAUUUUGUCAUUUCCAAGGAGUUGUGUUCAUAGGGACUUGAAGGCAGAGAACUUUCUAUUUACAUCUAGCUCUGAAGACUCAGACUUUCAGGCGUUCUCACUAUACUUUCCUAUUCGCGGCCUGAUCCUGAAAAUUUUGUUUAACUCCUCCUCCCCUGUACAGAUGAAAGGUUAAAUUUUGUUCGUAUAUGUGAUGAUGUUGUCUCACAAGAUGUUGGAAAGAUCUCGAAGCUGUUGAAAGAUUGUGGGAGCGACUGUGUGUCCCCUAGUUGAGACAAAAACAAUCUGUUUAUAGAACAGCUUUUGUUCUUAGCUAGGUCUGAGAAUCUUACAAAGGCAGGAAAUGUUUUGUGAUUUCAUUCUUAAUUUUGUGAGAAUGUGAGAAUGACUCUACACGCAUAUACAGAUCUCAAAUGUGAGAGAGGUUGCUUGGAGUUGGGAUACGCUAAACAAACGCUCAACUUAUAAACUCAUCAUGUACAAUAAAAUGAAAAGAGACACACAUUUAAUUGUA